UGUGUGUGUGUGUGUGUGUGUGUGCAUGCGCGCGAGUGUGCGUGCAUGUGUGAGAUGGAAGGAAUUCUGAAUCUUUCCUUUGUUUUAAGGUCCAGGAUAAGCAUGAAAUGAAAGCCUUCCUUUUGAGAAGAGAGAACUAGAGACUGUGUAGUUAGGACGAGAAGGUUCUUGGGCAGAUGCACUUUAGAAAAGCUUUGGAAUACAAGACUCUGGAAAUGAAUUUUCUAAAAGCUGUUCACUCUUGCACACCUCACAGAAAGUCUCCAUGAAGGACCUAGCACUGGAUAAUUAUGGUCCUUUACACCCCAGCUUGAGGACCGCUGAACUGUCUUUCAGUAGCUAUGUGCUAAGCCAUAGAAACCCAUCUUUUAUGUUUAUCUUUUUAAUUCUCGUUUUGCAGCCAGAGAAACCAGACAGCAGAUUAUGUGACGUGUCCUAACUGACAUAGAAGGGGUGCACCAGGAUGUCAGAGUCCUGGCCUGGAACCACUAUGUACUCAGAUGUCUAUUGUAAAAGAAAGGCAAAGCUGACUUCAGGGCAGUUCAUGUCAAGCCAGGCAAAAGCUGUUAUUAAAACUACUGACGAUUGCGUGCAGCUUCAGUUUGGCCCCAGCAGACUUCUGCAUUCAGUGGCUGUAUCACAAGGGUCAGGCCUUCAAGAUUGUUCUACACAUCAAACAGCAUCAGAUCACAGCCAGGAGGAACCAUCAAACCCAGAUAGCUGCAAAUCCAAGAGUAAAAACAAUUCUUGUUUUAUGUCGGCAUCCAAGAGAAACAGGCUUGUCAGUGUGCCAGUGGGUCAGCCGAGAGUUGCAUCAGAGUCCUCUCUAAAAUUGAUGUCACCCCAUAAUUGCCAAGGAUUGUCUCAGAGAUAUAAACUUCAACCACGAGUCAUUAGAGUGACGGCUUAUAAAAAUGGAUCUGGAACAGCCUUUGCCAACAUUAUUGCACCAACCAUCGCCUUGGUGCUGGAAGCGUGCACACACAAGCUGAAUCUGAACAUGGCCGCACGACGAGUGUUUUUGGCAGACGGCACGGAAGCCCUCAAACCUGAAGAUAUUCCCCAUGAAUCCAACGUUUAUGUUUCAGCAGAAAAGCCCUUUGUAAAUCCAUUCAAAAAAAUUAAAGACCAUCUGCUGUUAACUAAGAGAGUGACUUAGACAAUGCAUGGAUUGAUGCUUCCCACUGGUGUCAAAAGACAGAAAACCAAGCCCGUACUUUUCAGAAGGAUGAAGACACUUUCUCAGAAGACCUCAGUGAGAAUUCUAGUCUUUAACAUUGGCAUGGGGCAGGAUGGGCAUGAGCUUACAGUGGGAAAGGAAACAAUCAGAAAGGUGACUGAUCUAAAACCAAUUAUGAAUCAAAUGUCAAAUUUGAAUAUUGCUCAAAGGUAUUUCUUAAAUGUGUAUGGCUUAAAGCUAGAAGACAUUCAUAAAGUUCCUCUGCUUGAAAAAUGCCGGCAAAAUUCCAUCACACCUUUACGGGGACCACUUUGGGUCUCUAAGGGAGAAGGUUUCAGUCCCUCGGGGACUAAGAUGUACAUCCAAGGAGUUCUUGGGGCCUUGCAUCAACGAUUAAAGUCUGCAAAAAAUUAUUCCAAGCAGUUGAACUUGAUCAUGAAUGGACAGAAAGAGAAAAUCACAGAAAAGCCCAUUCUAAUGACACCAGAGGAACACCAGAAGUCACAAGAAGAGGUGAGCACGCUGAUUGAUGAGUUGCAGACAGCUAUCCAAAGCAGCAGAGGCCCUCUCGCUAAGCUGGGCCCCCAAUUACAGGCUGUGCAGGAGCAGUUCUCCUGUGUCUGCCAACACCUUAAGAGCCUCCCUGCAAACACCGUGGUCCCGGGAGGCAUUACUAUCAAGGUAUCUGAAAACGGUAAAGCCACUGGAGAGAUCUCUGUUUACAUCAGUAGAAAAGAUCUAAAGUCUGACAGUCCAACUCAAGGUGAUGAGAUAAUGCAAGGAUUACUUCUCAGACUCCAUCAACCGCUUCGAGGUUCCUCCAUCAAUUCCCAAGGCCUUCACUUGUCCUCAGCCCGGAUUUUUGAUGAGCAUGGUCAACAGAUUAAGAGUCCACUGCUGCUGAAGAGCGGUCAAAAAAAUUGGUUUUCUUAUGGGAAAACAUGCAGACCUCCACUAAACCCAGUUUUGGCUCUGACCUUUGACCGAGUGACUGCUUUAGUCAGAGAAGGUAUCACUGCUGUCUAUGAGACCCUUACGGAUGCUGAUGCUGCUCCGCUAUUCGGAAGUGAUGAAUUUAAUGACAAUGAAAUGAAAACUAAUGCAUUACACUGGGGACUCCACGAGACAGUGGGAACUAAUGCAGUGCACUGGGGGCUCCACGAGACAGUGGGAACUAAUGCAGUGUACUGGGGGCUGCAUAAGAGAGUGGAAACUGAUGCAGUGUACUGGGGGCUGCAUGAGUCACUGGAAACUAAUGCAGUGUACUGGGGUUGGAAAAUCUGUGAGGGAUUUCCGGUGAACUUUGACUGCACCAGUCAACAGGUCCCUAAUUGCUCUGAAAAGGUGGCCAUGAAGAAUCAUUUCCUACAGAACAAGGUGGAUCCCAAUAUCAUUCUUUAUGCCUCAGUUUCCAUCAGAAAGCACAGCUCCUCCAGGAGGGAAGUUAGCAGCGGGAAUCAGAAAGUGGCCUGGUCUGCAGCCAGCAUGUGGCAGAUCACCAAGACUGGGAUGAUCCUGAGCAGAGCGGUAACUCAGGGAUACCUGGCUAUUGGUCAUCCAAUCAGAGUCAAGCCCACCCAGGGAACAUCACUACAAGGAUAUAAGUUACUGCUACGGAAAAGACACGUAGGAGAUGAGUCCCAGAAGCGGACGUUUGGAACAGAUGGCUGUGUUUAUUCUCAGGCUUAUCCUCAGUUUGCCCUGACUUACCUGGAGGAUCUCACUGCUCCAGUGGAUGUGAGCCAAACAGACAACCAUAUUCACCACAGAGCCUGGGCCACAGCACACCAACACCAUGACAGUCCCAGUGAGGAAGAGGGUUCACACAAACCUGCCAACAGUCCUUUACUGGAGCAGCUGUCGGAACCCUCGGACACUCUCGAUGAGCCGCGAGGCUCUCUUGAGGAAACAGGGCAGCUGGCAGUGGUGCUGCUGAGCAAACUGGAAGGCAAACAUCCCAAGGCUCCUGCUCAGAGGUGGGCCAUAAAGCAUAACAGUACCAGAAAGCCCUGCCAAUGGAAACACUCCAAAGUUGAGAAUCCUCUGUGGAACAAGCACUACAUGUGGCUAGUCCUUCCCAGUUGCCAGCUUAAUGAGGCAUUUGAUUGACCAAUAGAAGGUCUACUGGUGCCAAACAGCCCUGCCAUGAAGAGGCCGGUUUGUAAGACACCAGAGCAGUUUGUCCCUGUGAGACUCCAAAUCCUGAGGAAUGGAGACAGGAGAAAGAGCAGACCCCUUGUUAUGGGCCCAGAUGUCUCACCGAGAUGGAGACUACAGUGCACUGAAAUUUUAGAUUUACCUUCUGCUGCCCGGAGACUUUUCGAUGAAAGGGGGAAGGAAAUUUUUUCCCUGAGUGACCUGCAGAGAGAUGAACUGGUAUACGUCUCAUGUGGAGAAGCCUGGAUUAAUCCUGACCUCUCCAUCGCUCAACAAAGGAAGCAAGUCCUCCUCAGGAGCCUUGAGUUUGACGUUUCCAAGAUUAAAACCUUUUGCAGAUUGUGCAAGGAGGAAGCUCUCGUUUUAGACAUCCGAAGUGACCUUGUGUCUGGGGGCAAGCUCGCUGUGCAUAAACCUGUAGUCGUUGUUGAGGAAGAGAAGCAAGAGAAAGGAGCAGCGGGAACUCAGAUACAAAACGAUGCUUUAAUACCAGGAAUUGCUCCCAGAGAUGCUCUAGAUUCACAUGCGAGAGCCCAUCUCCGCCUGGAAGCCUGUUGCAGGAUGCCCAAGUAUGCCUGGCAGGACCCUUCGUACAACCUUGUUGAUGGUGACAGCCUUCCAAAGAAAAUGGGCAAAGAGCUCUUGGAAAAUGGGCAGCCCCCAAAGAAACACAGCCAUUUCCCCAAGCACAGUAAAUUGCAGAAGCUGCAUCAUCAGGAAUUUGAAUACAGAAAUGGGCGAAUCAUUAGCUUUGCCGCUCCUCAGCUGGUCCUGGGUGUACAGGGCUCCAAACCCCGGUCAGGCACAGAGGUCAUUUUGGUGGAGAAGAAAUCUGACGAUGGGAACCAGCGCUGGACACAUAAGGAAGAAAGCAGGACCUUCCACCUGGUGAGUAACCCUGACCUUGUGCUGGCAGUGUCUAUGACCAAGGCUCAGAAUGAAGCCCAUGGCUAUCCAGUUAUCAUUCAGAAAUACAAGCCACACAGCAAUGGGGCUGCCAAUCAAAAGUGGCAUUACGUGGCAAAUACGAGAACAUUCAUAGCCUUUCACAGCACUGCCCUGGAUCGGAAAAUCACAGCAGCCAAUUCCUCCGGCCUUUGUACGUCAUCUGUCACUAAAGAAAACAUUGAUCAACCCGGAUACUGUUACCUCUCACCCAAUGGAAAGAAAAAAAUGAUGCUCUGCCAGGCCUGCGGACAGUCCAUGCGAGCAGAGAAGGGGUUGAAACAGCUGCUUCCGGGCGCUCCAUUCUUCUGUGUUUCUGGCUCAGAGCAGAAGUCCUUGCCACGAAGGCCAUUCAAGGUCAUCAACAUUGCCAAGGCUGAUUUAUCUUCUUAUGAAGCUGAAAACACUCUGAGAUAUUACGAAGAGCGUCUGUCAUCUUUAUGGAUGAAGGCACGCACAUGCACUACAUCCCAGAGUGGCGUGGUAGCUUCCUACCAAAAGGCAGUGAAAGUAAUUGCAUACAAAAAUGGGGAUGGAUAUCGGAACGGGAAGUUGAUUAUGGCUGGAACAUUCCAUGGGCUUCUUGCAGAGUGCACGGAACGGCUUGGACUCUCUAGAGCAGCCUCUAAAGUCUACACCAGAGAUGGAACCAACAUACUCACUUUGCGCGGCUUGGUUCUGUGGGCCAUAGGUGAGACCCUCACCCAGAGACACCCUGAGGCACAAAAGAGAAGCACAGAUUCUCUUGAGACAGAAGAGACAGCUGUUCAAAAUACAGAAGAACACUCAAGAAUGAGAAUGGGAAACGGAUUGGAUUGUUUGGAGGGCAUAGAUAAAUCUUUGCUUGCUCAGAUCCUCAAAAGUCCUAUUGCAAUUUGGGUGUCUUGUGGUGAGCCAUUCCUGCCUCUAAAUGUUUCACCGAACUCAGAAAAAUUAAAGAAACAAAAUUGGAUAAAGAAGGACCAAAUUUUGACUGAUUUAGACACCAUGAGACACAAGAUGCGGCAGUUGAAAGGGCGGCGUGUGACAGCCUGUCAGCCAGCCACCAUGGUGCCCACCCAAAGCCCUCUGCAGCCGGUCGUGAUGGAGGGAGGCUGGACCGAGCAGACUCAAGAGGAGAUGAAGCUCAUGGAGCGUAUACGAGAGACCGAGGUGCAACUUUCUGAAGGCCAAGAACUACAGCCCAGGUGCUCUCUGAUUGCAAGUCAACGUAAAGUAAUCCAGAAGCGCAGCCUGCACUGGGUUCCGUGCGUGAAACGAGUGUGGGCCUACCAGAAUGGAGGCAGACCUGACAACGGUGCUUAUGCCUGGGCCAGCACUAUUUCAGAGCUGCUGGAUGAGUGCACUGCCCGUCUGAAAAUGUCCCACCCAGCCAAAACCCUGUACACCUCAAAUGGGGAGCUCAUUCAGUCAUGGGACAGCAUAGAGAAGGAUAUGAUUGUCUGCGUGUCUACAGGACGUGGCUUUAUAACCUCAAAAGAAAAGAAGCAGCUGGUGGAAAUCAAAGCGAAUUAUGCCAGAAUCCGGAGGCAGCAGGGCCGCGAAGCCACAGAUAUUGUAGUAUCCCCAUCAACGAAGCUUCUGUCUCUCCUGCAGUCAUACAACUAAUUUCAAGAAGAGCUCCAUAUCAUGUGCUGUAUUUUCUGGAUAUAGCUAUGUGUAGAUUCUCAAGGGCUAGUUAUGCCAUCACCGUUUUUGUCCCUUUUAACCUGUACAUAGCUUCCCUUUUAUUCCCACCCUCCGAUGAGAUUUGAACCUAGCUGUUGGACAUACACUUGAGCGGUGUGUCAAGCGUCCUGAGCUAUGCCCCAGCUCCCUCGGUCUCCUUCAAAGGUUAUUAGUUUCCACAUUGUAUGUGAAGUAGCUUUGGAUGCCUCGAGUCUGCUCCUGGAACGGCAACGAAACAAGACAAAUAAUGCAAGGAAGAUGACCGGCUUAGGUGAACUUGCUUCGAGAAAAUAAAAGUUGCUGGAAAGUAAGUAUCAAGGAACAUACG